AAAAGUAAAAAAAUUGCAACCUUGAGUGCCUCAGCAUCUGUCUUUCUGGACCAAGUUUGAGAGCCCCUACACUGAUGAGCACCAAGGAAAAAAGGUGAAGACCCAGAAGCACUCCAAUUACCUGCUUAUGUUUGAUACAGUGGUGGAAUAAUUGCCCACCGGCCCCCAGGGCAAGACCUAUAGUGCCUCCCCAUACGAUCUGCCAAGUUCACAAUAUGCCCCCCACCAACAAGGCCUAUGGGAGGGCCCUGGGCCCCAGGGCAAAUGCCCUGCUUGCCCUGCCUAUUGCUCCACCCCUGGGUGAAUACAAGAGCACAAAGCCUGGUCUAAACCAAAUUCCGGGAAGCCCUGUCAAUGAUACCCAUUACCACUAGGUUUUGUUUAUCAUCACUAGGCAACAGCACCUCAUCUUAUUCCCACAGUAGGAAAUGCUGUUCCCUUAAGACAAAGACUAGUCUGUCUGCUACAACUGUACUGUCUACUUAAAAAAAAACCUGUCCUUCUCUAAUGAAAGGGUAGUAUUAACGACAAAAGGUGACACUCAAGACAACCAAAUGGCUUUGGCAAGCGGGCACUGGCUGGACAAAGAGAUCAGAGGAGAACCCCCGAGCCCGAGGUAUGGCCAUGCACUUGCGUUAGCUGGCAAUAUAGCAUUUUUGUUUGGUGGUGCCACCUCCACUAGUAAUGAGGAGACCAAUCCAUCCUACUUAAAAGAUUUUCACAUGCUCACGGUCUCUCCCACUUAUGUGACAUGGGAAGCUUUGCCACAGAGUGGCGCUGUACCACCCGCCAGAGAGGGACACAGUCUUUGUGUUAUCAAGGGCAAGGUCUACCUGUUUGGUGGUUCAUCCAGCCCUGAGGCGGCAGAGUGCCUCCCAGGGGUCUAUCGCUUUGAUAUUGUGUCACUGGCAUGGGAGAAGCUUCCUGUGAGUGGUAUGUCCCUGAGAACUCUCAACCAUAGCUCUGUUGCCAUUGGAGACAACAUCUAUGCAUAUGGCGGGCUUCUCGACGGCGUUCCAAAUGACGACCUGAUGAUGUUUAACACUGUUUCAAUGCUUUGGACGCCCUUGAGGACAACUGGGAGCAUACCGUCUCCAAGGUAUAACCACUCUUCAGCUGCAGUUGGGGAGCAAAUGUUCUUGUUCGGAGGACGUGGAGAGGAUGAGUGCUACUACAAAGACAUCUAUGUUCUCCACACAGGUACACUAGAGUGGCAACAAUGGGAGGUCAAAGGGGAGUCUCCAUUGUCGUCUGCUGGCCAGACCCUUACGUCACACCGAGAUAAGGAUAUCUAUUUGUUUGGUGGCAAAAUCAUCAACUCAGAGGGAGCCGUGACGUCAUCAAAUGAAAUCUACAAAUUAAGCAUAGCAAAGAUGAAGUGGAAGGUCCCCCUCUAUGUUGGGAUUCCCCCUGCUCGACGAUUUGGUCAUGUGACCUUCAUCUUGCACAGCCAUAUGUAUGUGUUUGGUGGCAAAAAUGAAGAACAAGAAUUCAGUGACUUGAAAGUGAUGAAAUUAAUCAACCCAUCAGAGAGACAACCAGUGAUGAAGGAGAUUCUCUCUGAGUUUGGUCUCCAAGGAGUUAGUAACGGUUUCGCAGCAACAAAGGUUCCCAAUGUGAAGUAUGAACUGAGCAAAUCCUCAGUAAGCCUAUCCUAUGAGAGAAGUGAACUUGCAGAGCCAACAGGCCACAGGGAUUUCACUGCAAUUCGUGAUGAAGCACUUGACAUGAUCCACAAAGCAUUUGCCAUGCUGGACGAAGAGUUCCAGAAGCUAGACAGUGAAAAGGCCGAACUAGCCGAGGCUACUGUGGCGCUACGGUAUGAAAAACAGGCCUACAGGGUCCACCACGAAAAACAGGAGCAGGAACUUCAGGAAAUGUUGGAAAAACACCGGGCCCAGAACGAGGCGUGGCUGCGAGCGCGUGCAGAGGAAAACGAUAAGGAGAGGAAGGAGCUGUGCAAGCUACGAGAAGAGGUAUUGCAUGAGCAAGAAAGACUCAAGGAAGAACAAAACAACAUCCAAAAACGCAGCGAGCACCUGCUGUCUAUCAUGCAACAGUUCAAGGGCAUGUGACAUCGGGGAGAAACAAGUGCAAUCACAGAUGGUUGACUUUUUAAUUUUUUUAUUUAUGUGAAGCAUAGAGCGUAGAUCUGUCUGUGUGUUUGCCCCAAAGUGUGUGUGGCUCCCCAUCAGGCCACACACACACCACGGAUGGACAAACAGACAAACAGACAGACAAACUAACAGACGGGCUAUUGCAAUACUUGGCCAAACGCCCGCUGGGGUGCCAGAUAGGCCUGAUAAUAACCUUUUCACACGGCUGUUAAUUAACUUGAAGUAAAAAAUGUAAUAUUGACAAACAGACAACUCAGGUGUGAGCACUGCAUUUUCAUAAGGAGCCCAGGGAGCUUUGCAUUAGAACCCCACCAUUUCCAACAGACUCUGGAGUCAAAUAUGCUUUUAUAUUGUGUUCCUACCCCCACACAGAGGGGUGAGGUGACAGUUUCCUUAGUGUUGGUUUAACUGCAUGGGUCAUUUAAUGGGUCUGACAGUAAAGCAUCUGGUCAAUAAGGUUUUAGGAAUGUUUUGUUUUGUCGCAGUUGAAGGUAUUUACUACUGUUUGGUUCUGGCGUUUGGCUUCUAUGUCAUACAAUACUCUAGAAGUCUAACAAAUAUAGAGAAAAGUCUAAUUCUGUAAUGUUCUAAUAAA